GUAAUGAAGAAUGAAGUCGAAGACAAAGCAGUCAGUUUCUCAACAUUAACCUAAGACAAAGACAGGAAGGUAGAAGGCAUUGAAAAUGUAACUACAUAACAGCACUCACAGUAGUAGAAUAGUAGAUCACUGGUACAGACUAAAGAAAAAAUAAAAGAAAAGACCACUGCCACUACUAAUUAACCCAAUCCUUGUUAGCUAAAUCAUAAAUAUAGCAUGUUACCCUUUUCCUCUCUCUCUUCUAUUUAUUUACUAUCCUCACCUAUAGAUCUUAGACCCCAUUUUCAAUCACUACCACCACCAUCCCCAGCAGCAGCAGCAGCUUCAACUGGAGCUAUAGAGCCUCAUUACCUUCUCUGAGACAUACAUCAAACACCUGUGUUUUCGUUUCUUUAAACCGUAAGAAGUACCUCUUUUAUCACUCUUUCUCCGGGGAGCCAUGGCCAUGAAGGCAAGCAAGAAGAUGAAGGGCGGUGGUUUCAUGUGCCACUCUACAGCAGCAACUGCGGUAUGCACAGUAAGUGGUCCUCGUUCUGCCAUUGUGCCAAGAAGGCCUAACAGAACCACCAUGGUUAUUGAACACUCAAGGUUGAAAAAGACAACAGCUUCUGCUGCCGCUGCCGCUAUCACUCCCAAGUACUCGAGACUCCUAGAGUCUCCUUUGAUUCUUCCAGCUGCUAUCACUAACAGACCAUCAUCGGUCGAGAAAGAAGAAAGCAAUUAUAAGCAGCAAAUUCACAGACCUAUUCCUUUGCAGAAACCAUCUCCUCUACUGGCUUCCUCCUCAUCAUCACCAUUACCAUCAUCUGAUCAAGUUUUUCAGGUGGUUGUUAUGCGAGUAGCUCUUCAUUGCCAAGGAUGUGCUGGAAAAGUGAAGAAACAUCUAUCUAAAAUGGAAGGAGUAACAUCAUUCAGCAUAGACCUAGAGGCAAAGAGGGUUACUGUGAUGGGACAUGUGUCCCCUGUGAAAGUGUUGGAGAGCAUUUCAAAGGUGAAAAGAGCUGAAUUUUGGCCAUGCUCGUGACAAUUUGGAAGAAGAAAUUAUAAAGUUAUUUUCCACUAAACAAAAAAAUAAUUUAUGUGAGUGGAAAAUAGUAAUUAUUAUUGUUAUGUUGUUAACUUUUAUUUCAAGGAAGAGAGGAGAAAUUAAUGUUAAAAUUUUGACUUUUUUUUCCA